GGGAUGAAACGGUGCCGUAUUGAGCGAGCGAGCGAGCGAUGGAUCGAACGAAAGCAGGCAAAUUGGGAAUUGGGAAAAUUGCAAUUGCAAUUGCAAAGCUUCGAUUUUGAAUUGGUGGUUUUCCGAUUCUCUCUCUCUGUCUCUCUCUCUCUACGAUUUCCUCGGUUUUAGCAUCUCUCUCUCUCUCCAAUUCAUUCCUUCCACCUCCUUCUCUCUCCUCCGCCAUACCCAUUACCCAUUUCAAUCCUCUUCCUCUUCUUCCUUUUUCUAUUCUUAUCCCCCACCCCCUUAAUCCCUUAAUUUAUCCUUUUUCUGGGUCGUAUUUGAUCUWCCCGCCUCCGAUUCAUCUCCGGAGACUACAUUUUCAGGUGGGAGAUCCCCCGAUCCGCGUUUAUACCCCCAUUCUUCUUCUUCUUCUUCUUCCUCUUCCCUUCUCUCACUUCUCUGCCAUUUGCACUAUGAUUUCGUAUUCAGUGCAUUGAAGGGGCCUCUGAUCUCUCUGCUCCUAUACUUCGUUUCAUCAAUUCCGAGGAGAUAAGCCUUCUCUUUCAUCUGGUCUAGGGUUAUUAAUUCGAGUUUGUCUCAUUUGCUCUCUAGUUUUUGGCAUUGCGUGCUUGGGGAAUCGUAGGGCGUUGUUGUUAUUUGGAUCCACGAGAGGGAGUUGUCAAUACUCCGUCGAAUCGAGCUGUUUGUGCAUCAUUGAUUCCCCUCCCGACCUGAUUUCUGUCUUGAAGGCUGGUCUCUGAUCUGUUUUUUCUUGCGUGUAAGUUUGUCACUUCUCUUGUCAAUUGAAAACGGUGUCCGAGGAGAAGACAGAAGCCUGAAUGUGUUGAUAUUGCUAAGCCCUCCCACAUUAUAUUUCACUGUCUUCACUUCCAGGCAGAGAUAUCUCUCGUCGAACCCUUCAACGUUUCUUUAUUCUUCUAGUCGUGCUGAUCUUUGGUAGCAAAGUUGUGGACGCUGUUCAGCGGGAAUUCAUUGCUGGGUAGUGCAACUGGGUUUUCACUAAGAAUAUGGAUUUAGGAGGAUGAAGGGCGGCUUCUUGGUAAAAUGGAGCUCGAGUUCUUCUGGUUCUCUGUGUUUUUCUUGGAUGGACUUGGGAUGAGGGGUUUAAUGUCUACUCGGGCUUCCUUUGAUUUGCAUGUGAGACUCUCUAAUGAAGUCGAAGAAUAAUUUAUGACUUCUGGUCAGCCCUUGCUGGCUUCAUCAGAAUCUACAUCAGUCGUUGGACACCGAUCCCCAUCUCAAAAAUUUGGUUCCGUUGGUUGUCUAUGUCGCAGUGCUUCCUUCACCUCUUCCGGUUAUGAUGAUGCUCCGAGUGACAUUGUGGAUGUGAAGGAAAACUGUGAUAGCCCUACUGGAGAUAUUAGACGUUCCACUUCUCUUUCUAGGAAUAAGCAGUUUUAUAGUGUUGGCUCAUUGUUUCCCGAGCAGUUUAAUUUUGGCUACCCCACCCAGGAUAGAAGACGCCUGGUAUCGUGGGGUGCAAUGGAGCUACAUAAUAUUAAUGAAGAUCCUGUGAACUUUGAACUCUCUAGGGUUCAGGAGAAGUUGCAGCAUAGGGCACAGAGAAGUCGUCAUAAAAGUAUGCAGUUUGAUGAUAAUUUACAGCAUGACGAUAAUCCAAGGUUGAUUUACAUCAAUGAUCCAAGGAGAACUAAUGACAAGUAUGAGUUCACAGGAAAUGAGAUAACGACUAGCAAGUACACAGUGAUUACGUUCUUGCCAAAGAACCUCUUUAUUCAGUUCCAUCGUGUUGCCUAUCUUUAUUUUCUUGCUAUUGCAGCUCUUAACCAGCUUCCACCUUUGGCAGUCUUUGGGAGAACUGUAUCUCUUUUUCCCCUCCUGUUUGUGCUUUGUGUUACAGCUAUUAAGGAUGGCUAUGAGGAUUGGCGUAGACACAGAUCAGAUCGCAAUGAGAACAAUAAACAGGCUCUGGUGCUUCAAUCUGAUGAAUUCGAGUUGAAGGUGUGGAAAAAAAUACGAGCAGGUGAAGUUGUGAAGAUUUGUGCAGAUGAGGCCAUUCCUUGUGACAUGGUUUUAUUGGGGACAAGUGAUCCUAGUGGCCUUGCUUACAUCCAAACGAUGAAUUUGGAUGGUGAGUCCAACUUGAAGACAAGGUUUGCUAGGCAGGAAACAGCAUCAGCAGUAGCUGAGGGGUGUUCAUUUUCAGGUCUUAUUCGAUGUGAACAACCUAAUAGGAAUAUUUAUGAGUUCACUGCCAACAUGGAGUUCAACGGCCAUAAAUUUCCCCUCAGCCAGUCAAACAUAGUCUUGCGUGGUUGUCAGCUGAAGAACACUGAAUGGAUCAUUGGGGUGGUUGUAUAUGCUGGACAAGAGACAAAAGCCAUGUUAAAUAGUGCAGUAUCUCCUGCCAAGCGAAGUAAACUGGAGAGUUACAUGAACAGGGAAACAUUGUGGUUGUCAAUCUUCCUCUUUAUCAUGUGUCUAGUUGUGGCUAUUGGAAUGGGCUCAUGGCUUGUUCGUCACGAGGAACAGCUUGAUACCUUGCCAUACUAUAGGAAAAGGUAUCUCACAAAUGGACCGGAUAAUGGUAAGAGGUACAGGUUUUAUGGAAUACCGAUGGAGACCUUUUUCUCCUUUUUGAGUUCUAUUAUAGUGUUUCAGAUCAUGAUACCAAUAUCCCUUUAUAUUACAAUGGAGAUGGUGAGACUGGGCCAGUCAUAUUUCAUGAUUGAAGAUAAGCACAUGUACUGCAGAAUGUCCGGCUCAAGGUUCCAGUGCAGAUCACUGAAUAUCAAUGAGGAUCUUGGUCAAGUUCGCUACGUAUUUUCUGAUAAAACAGGAACACUUACUGAAAAUAAAAUGGAAUUUAGAAGAGCGAGUGUACAUGGGAAGAAUUAUGGGGACAACUUGUCUGAGGGAUAUUCAUCAAUGUUAUAUUCCAUUCCAGCAGUUCUAGGGAGGAGGAGGUGGAGACUUAAAUCUGAUGUUGCUGUUGACUCCGAACUGAUGAAAAUGUUGCACAAGGACCUAAAUGGAGAUGAAAAGAUUGCUGCACAUGAAUUUUUUCUUACAUUGGCUGCAUGCAAUACUGUAAUUCCUAUUCUCGUGGAUGAUAAAUCUAGUUAUGUGAAUGGUGAAUUGCAUGAGGAUGUCGAAACUAUUGAUUAUCAGGGGGAAUCCCCUGACGAGCAAGCACUAGUUGCUGCAGCCUCUGCUUACGGAUAUACUCUUUUUGAGCGCACAUCCGGGCAUAUUGUUAUAGAUGUCAAUGGUGAGAACUUAAGGUUAGAUGUUUUGGGUUUACAUGAGUUCGAUAGUGUUCGCAAAAGAAUGUCUGUUGUCAUCAGAUUCCCCAACAACACUAUAAAGGUGCUGGUGAAAGGGGCCGAUACUUCAAUGUUGAAUGUUUUAGGCCUUGAAUCUGAGAGGGAAGAACUUAUCAAGAAUGCUACACAGAACCAUUUGCGUGAAUAUUCAUUGGAAGGUUUGCGAACACUUGUAGUUGCUGCCAGGGAUCUGACAGAUUCUGAAUUUGAGCUGUGGCAGAGCAGAUAUGAGGAUGCUAGUACUUCACUGACUGAAAGAGCGGUAAAACUACGUCAGACAGCUGCCCUCAUAGAAACUAAUUUAAAGCUUCUGGGUGCUACUGCGAUUGAGGAUAAACUUCAAGAUGGUGUACCUGAAGCCAUUGAAUCUCUUCGGCAGGCAGGAAUAAAGGUUUGGAUCCUGACUGGAGAUAAGCAGGAGACAGCUAUAUCAAUCGGUCUUUCCUGCAAACUGCUGACCACAGAUAUGCAGUCAAUUAUUAUCAAUGGCAACUCCGAGAAUGAUUGCAGGCAACUUUUAGCCGAUGCUAUAGAAAAAUAUGGUAUUAGAUCAACACAGGACAUAUGUCAAAAACAGAAGCUGAAGAGUUGUGAGAAUGACAGUCACGAUAUACCAAAGCCAUCUAGUAUGACAGAUUUUAAUGAUGAGGAGAUAGAAGAAGAAAUGACUAAUAAACCACUAGCUCUAAUAAUUGAUGGAAAUAGCUUGGUGUACAUUUUGGAGAAGGAAUUGGAGUCAGAGCUUUUUGACCUCGCAACUUCAUGCAAUGUUGUGCUAUGCUGUCGUGUUGCACCCCUGCAGAAAGCUGGAAUUGUUGAUUUGAUCAAGAGUCGAACUGAUGAUAUGACAUUGGCAAUAGGAGAUGGGGCCAAUGACGUCUCAAUGAUUCAGAUGGCCGAUGUAGGUGUUGGUAUAUGUGGACAGGAAGGGCGCCAAGCAGUAAUGGCAUCUGAUUUUGCCAUGGGACAAUUUCGCUUUUUAAAAAGAUUACUUCUAGUGCAUGGACACUGGAACUAUCAACGUGUUGGCUACAUGGUUCUUUACAACUUCUACCGUAACGCUGUUUUCGUCUUGAUGCUCUUCUGGUACAUUCUGUGCACAGCAUUUUCCACAACAUCAGCUUUGACUGAUUGGAGUAGUGUGUUUUACUCUGUUAUCUAUACGUCCAUCCCUACUAUUUUUGUUGGUAUCCUAGACAAAGAUUUGAGUCACAAAACUCUAAUACAAUAUCCAAAGCUUUAUGGUGCUGGCUAUAGACAGGAGGCAUACAAUUUGCGUCUCUUUUGGUUGACAAUGAUUGAUACCCUGUGGCAGAGUCUUGUUCUCUUCUAUGUACCAUUGUUCAUUUACAAGGACAGUUCCAUUGAUAUAUGGAGCUUGGGAAGUUUGUGGACCAUAGCAGUUGUUAUCCUUGUGAAUGUACACUUGGCAAUGGAUGUUCAACGUUGGGUCUAUAUUACCCAUGUUGCAGUCUGGGGAUCCAUAGUCAUAACAUAUGCCUGCAUGGUGGUGUUGGACUCCAUACCUUCAUUUCCUAAUUACUGGACGAUCUUUCAUUUGGCGAAGUCCCCAACCUAUUGGUUGACUAUAUUCCUCAUAAUAGUUGUAGGAUUGCUUCCACGCUACCUUUUUAAAGUUGUGAACCAACGAUUUUGGCCCUCAGAUAUUCAGAUAGCCAGGGAAGCUGAGAUACUGAGGAAACGAAAAGGUCGUGAUCAUUCGGGUUCAAAGCGAGAUCGAGAUCGAGAUUCCAAUUAACACAUGUCUACUCUGUGUACCAUCGUUGUGAGCAAAACUCAUUUGCAGAUGGCUUCCCCUGUGGUGGUAACAUGCGUGAUUGUAACUCUGAAGGUUAGACAUGCCAAGUGAUGCAUUUGUCCUUGGAUAUAGAUGAAUUCUUUUAGUUAAUUAUACUUUUGAGGAUAGAUAUCCACUGGAGGCUUAAGGCACUUUAGAAGGGGUCGUAUGAUACAAAUUUUUCGAUUAGUCCUCAGACACGACUGGCAUCGUAAAGAAGAGUUUAUGAGAGUUGGGUCACAGAGUUUGAAGUCAGGUGCGAUAUGAAGAUGGGAGAAGACGGAAUGCCCCACCAAAUGAUGUCUCUUUGGUUGGGGUGAUUAUUCGAAAGGAUGCAAAAUCUGUGUCCAAAUAGGAGGGAUCUCGAGUCGUAAAAUUUAUGUUUUAUUUUUGGCAGGAAGAAAUGGAUGGAGGAGGAGGAUGGAUUAAUGCAGAGAAUUGUCUGAAACUGUAUCAUAUGAUAUUAGGGUGCUGAGGUAAAAAAAACCUACACAGUUUGAAAGAGAAAGGAGAGAUUGAAGUAAAGUAUAUAAUAGGGGGGUUUUUUCUUUUUUCCUUUCCCUUUUUUUUAACCCUUGUAAAAAUUUGAGAACUUUUUACUCAUCAACAUAAGGAAUGAGGCAAGUGUGUGAAAAUACAACACUUACAUACAACCUUUGCAAUAUGUUCAUCUGCAUUGUAACCAUUUUAGCAGCUGUAAGCCAUCAAAUGAAAAAAAAUAGACAUGAAAGUGUUGGAAUCUUCA